AUGGCUGGCUUUUGGGAAAAGCCUUUCUCACUAGCAAGAAAUGGCGUGUCACCACCAAUGGAAUUACAAAAGAUGGUAUUUCCUUGGAUCGAAGACUAUUUUGGUGUUGGUAAUGCAGAGUGGGUAGCUGUCUGUGAGAAGGAGAUGAAUGAAGUCGAUGAGAACAAGGAUGAGGAUGAAAACAUCAUAAAUUUGGAGAUAGAUAAAGAAGCAGAUUCCGUAGAAUUCGUGGAGGAAGAUGGAAGAUUGCAAAGAAUAAUCUUACAAGAUGCAGCCGUUUACUUGUACUUGAACAAAGAAAACAAAUACAUCAACACAAGAAACCUUCCAUUCUCAAGUAACAGCUUCAGAAUGUUCCAAGAGGAUAUUGUAGCUGUCAUUACCAGCCCUUCCAUUGGUAGACUAGAAGAGUAUGAAAGUUUUGUUCCUAGCAUUGUUGAUACAAACAAAGAGAUAGCUAACAGAGUGACAGAACAACUGGCUAAGGAUAUAAAAAUCCUCAUGAUUCAGCAACAGUGUUUAAAUUCACAAAUGCAAUUACUCAUGGCUAUCAACAAUGCUUCUCAAAGCGUAAAUACCAAUGCCAGCUUGUCUCAACUGCCUAUCUUUCCUGUUCUUUCUACUACUCAUUCAACGUCACCUUUUCCUUUCUCUACCUCUGCUCCUUUUACUCUUCCACCUACUCAGCAACCAAUUGCUAUAAGUGCUGCCCCACCUUCACUCAAUUCAAAUAGACACCCCAUUGUUUUGUCAAAGCUCAAAGCCAAGAAAAAGGCUAGAUGA